AUGCGCGCGGAGAGCACGCGCUGCGGCACGCGAGAGCUGAACCCGCGACAAGAGUGUAGAGAUGCACUCCUGCGCGUGAACAUGCACGCGGCUGAAUCUGAGCUACGCGCGCUGGACUCCGCGCUCCGGGUGUGCGCGCGCUGGAGACGCGCGGGCGGCGACGGGCAAGCGCUCCAGCAGAGCUCGAGGCGCGCUCCUGAUUCCGCAUCGCUCCACGCGCUCGAAACCGACUCCUCCGCGCUCCAGAUGCGCGCCCCCGUCGAGAGACGCGCGACUUUGCCCACGGAAAGGUAUGGAGAGGAGAACAGCGCGAGGACACACAUGGAUGAACACGUGAAUGAAGGGAGAGUGUCUUUCUGUCCGGAGGAUGAUGGCAGAUCCGAGCUAGCAGGAGAGGAGUGUGCUUUACUGCACUGUGGGCAGAAUCUUCCUGACCUUUCAGGAAACCAGUACAACCAGCGAACCCACUGCGACCAGCCCGCGCAAAACCUCCAUCUGCAGAACAGCCCUCAGCCGGAUUCCAGGUCUGCAGGAUUUCAGAGGGACCUCAGCUCCAGCCUGGCCGUCAGCUUCCCCGUCAAACAGGAGGGAUUCAGCCUGGGAGUGGGAGCGGGCGAGUUUUCGGGGGCGAGAGGCAGAGAACCGGACAGACCUAGAAUAACUACAGCAGGGGUUUCGGCCGCCCUGUCGUCAUCGACCACAGCUCUGACGGCGUAUGUGUUUAAUAAUAAUGAAGGCAACUGCGGCUCCUCCCUGGCCGUCUCUCGUCACUCGGCGCGGCUCUCUCUGAACUCUGGUGGCCUGAAGAGACGCCGCCUGCCCGUGGCCGCGCACUCCGACAGCAUCAACAUCGCUGCCAUCGUCCGCACCUCCCAGAUGUCCGUGUUAGCGUGCGUGAACGGCGCAAACGGUCUAAAUCCGUCCCCACCGGCCUCCAGCGCCGCCUUCCCACAGCCGCCCACACCUGGGUACCUGCAGCCUGUGCCCACCCCUAGCCCUCGGGACCCUCCAGCCUCCCCCUCCACUUGCUGCCUGCUGUCACUGUCCUCUUCCUCAUCCUCCUCUUCCUCAUCCUCGGUUUCUUCGUGUGAAGAUCCCAGCUCCAUGCAGCCUGGGCCAGCGGAAGGCCUUGGUUUGCUCAUGCACUCCGGAGGUCAGCGGCCGUCCACUGUUUUGAAACAGGAGCCUGUGGACGAUUUCUCUCCAGCCGAGGAAGAGCUUUUUCACCAUCAUUUUCUUUCACCAAACCGGGGGCAGCAGCAGCAGCAGCGGACCUCCAUGCCUCCUCCAUACCACCUGCACCAGUAUAAUAUGGGCUCCAGCUCAGGUGCAGUGCUGCACCUACACAACCAGCAGCAGCCUCAGCAGCCUCCUUCUGGACCCAGAGCCUCAGGCCCAGCUGGCCUACAGUCCAUGGAGCGGGACGACUCCAUCGUUUUUAACGAUAAGCAGAUAUGCCGUUGGAUCGAUUGCAGUGCUGCCUACGACCAGCAGGAGGAACUGGUGAGGCACAUCGAAAAGGUGCACAUUGACCAGAGGAAAGGUGAGGACUUUACUUGCUUCUGGGCUGGAUGCAUCCGUCGAUACAAGCCAUUCAACGCCCGCUACAAGCUGCUCAUCCACAUGAGAGUCCACUCUGGAGAGAAGCCCAACAAGUGUAUGUUUGAAGGCUGUAAUAAGGCCUUUUCCCGUUUGGAAAAUCUGAAGAUUCACCUGCGGAGUCACACUGGAGAGAAGCCGUACCUGUGCCAGCACCCGGGCUGCCAGAAAGCUUUCAGCAACUCCAGCGACAGAGCCAAGCACCAGCGCACUCACCUGGACACUAAACCGUACGCAUGUCAGAUCCCCGGCUGCACCAAGCGCUACACAGACCCCAGCUCCCUUCGCAAGCAUGUCAAGAUCCACUCCGCCAAAGAGCAGCAGGUGCGUAGAAAGCUGAGGGCUUGCCCCCACUUGGAGCCGGACGGUCUGAGCGAAUGUUUGUCCGUCCAGCACCUGCAUGGCCCCACCCACUCUCAGCACACACUUAAUGGAAAGGAUGGACGCUCACCUGCACUGGGCCAGGACAUAUUUACAGGCCUGUUUGCUGGCUCCAGCACCACGGCAAACGGAGCCCCAGCAGAGCUGCUCUCUAACAGCCCUCACCUGCCCCCACGGCAUCCCCGCCUGGACCGGGACAGCGACGGGUUAUCCGGCUCUCUGCUGUCUCCAGGAAUCAGUCCACUGAAGACGGCGCCGUCUCCUCCCUCUGCUCUGGUGGAGAAGCAGCAAAAUAUGCCCUCCACUCAGCAGCACCAGCUCCAUCCACACCACAAGCCCUACUCCACUUUCCACAGCCUCCCGAGCACUGAAGAUUAUCGAGGAAACUUCCAGAGCUGCUUCCACUUUGGGGAUAAUUACAGAGUGGAGCAGAACAUCAGCAGCGUUCACCUCCCUGCGGAGUCGCACGGCUUCAGUGCACAUCAACACAAUGGCUUCCACACCAGCUGCUCCACUGCAUCCUCCGCAGGUUUCAGUUUGGUGCCGGACCUCAGUGGGUCAGUGUCCCAGUUCACUCCGAGCCCAGAGGACAGCGUCUUCUUCCAGCUGGGCAGCUUCGAGCGCAGCCUGAGCCAAAUGAACUCAGUUUAUACAGAAACGUAGAGCAUCACUCCAUCAGCCU